GUCCAGGGGAGGGCCGCUCACAGUGGCCCGCUUUCACAGAACUGGCAGCUGUGGACUCGCUGUCCUGCUGGAAAGAGUUUGUUUCUAAUUCUCACAGAAUUGAUUCUGUAAAUUAAACUGAGAAGGAUACACGCAAAAGGCAGACUUGCUGGCGUAACCAUGGCUGCCCCCAAGAAGGGCGAUCUUUCUGCCACAGAAAAGGACCUUUUCCAGGUUAUUUCUGCAGGCAAUGUACAGGAAGCUUCACGGUUACUGGGAUGUAAGGAUGUUCGAGUCAAUUGUUUAGAUGAGUAUGGCAUGACCCCCCUCAUGCAUGCUGCCUAUAAGGGCAAGGCCGACAUGUGCAGGCUGCUCCUGCAGCAUGGGGCUGAUGUGAACUGCAACGAACACGAGCACGGCUACACUGCCCUCAUGUUUGCCGGGCUGUCAGGGAAGACCGACAUCACCAGGAUGAUGCUUGAUGCUGGGGCAGAGACAGACGUGGUCAACUCAGUCGGUCGCACUGCAGCUCAGAUGGCCGCCUUUGUAGGCCAGCAUGACUGUGUGACUGUGAUCAACAACUUCUUCUCCCGGUCGAGACUGGAGUAUUACACGAAAGCCCAGGGUUUGGAGAAGGAGCCCAAGCUGCUUCCGAAACUGGCCGGACCACUGCACAAAAUCAUCAUGACCACCAACCUCAGCCCCGUGAAGAUUGUAAUGCUGGUGAAGGAGAACCCACUAUUAAUGGACGUGGGGUCUUUGGAGAAGUGCCACAAGGUGCUGGACCUGAUCUGUGAGAAGUGCGUGAAGCAGCAGGACAUGAACGAGGUACUGGCCGUGAAGAUGCACUACAUCAGCUGCGUGCUGCAGAAGUGCUGCACCUUCCUCAGGGAGCGGGAGGACAAGUUGGACGCGUUCGUCAAGAGCCUGUUGAAAGGACGGGACAGUGAUGGGUUUCCGCAGUAUCAGGAGAAGUUCAUCCGGGAGUGUAUCCGGAAGUUUCCCUACUGCGAUACAACUCUGCUCCAGCAGUUGGUCAGGAGCAUCGCUCCUGUGGAGAUCGGUAAUGACCCUACAGCCCUCUCGGUUCUGACCCAAGCCAUCACCGGCCAGGUGGGCUUCAUGGAUGCUGAGUUUUGCACUGCCUGUGGAGGAAAGCGGGCCAGCAAAAGGUGUUCCAUCUGCAAAAUGGUGAUGUACUGUGACCCCACCUGCCAGAAACUCCACUGGUUCACACAUAAAAAAGUCUGCAAAAAGCUGCAGGAGCAGAGGGAGAAGCAGGAGGCCAGAUCAGCGCUAAUGAUGGACAAGCAAGCUAACGAAGACAACAAGCCCGUGGAGGAGGCGACUAGUUUGGUGCAGGGACUCGCCAUACAGAAAGAAGAGGAUUCCCCAUCUGACGCUUCAGUUGUCCAGUCUGGUCCAGCAGUCCCUGAUGCGCCUUCGGUCCGGCAGGAAUAGGACUUCCUGGGUAGAGUGUGUAGACUCUGCAGUCUUGACACUGUGACAGUAGCCACAUGAAGCAAGAUCAGGUUGUGUUGACCCGUCAGUGAGACUGCUGGGUGGUAGUGUGAGGAAACCAGUCCAGCAUGGGGGGGAAACAUUCAGGCUUCCGGUUUGUUCCGUACAAAAGGGAGCGCCCAUGAACGCAGCGACGUCACACCAAAGCUCUGCAGCUCACUUGCACACAAGUCAACAGAAGCAUCACCGUUUAUUUGUUCCUUCAGUUGAAUUAUAACGUGGAAGCUGAAAAACUGCAGAUUAUGAAUAUUUUAAUGCAACAUCCUCAAACAAUGUUGCAUUAAACUGAUAAAUGUCAUUUCCAAGUCUUGGGUCAUUUUUGUUUCUGCAUUGUUAGUUAUUCAUGAACACAUUCACAGAGGACAUCCAAAAUAUUUUUCCUUGGUAAGUCGUGGUUUUCACUGGUGGUGAUUCAGUAAGUAGUUCCUGUCGUGGGCUGAAUUUGUGACCAACAUAGUCUUUUUAACUAUGAAUGAAAUGAAAAUUCUAAACAAUUAGAAUUUUCAGUUGACAGGAUAUUCAUAUAAGAACAACAAUCAUAAAGAAUGUAUAACUUUCUGAUAUGAAAUAACUGGCCACUUUUCCUGAAAAUAUUUGUCAUGCAUUGCUAGAACAUUCUAAAGGUUUGAAGGAUGUUAUACAAGUCAUUCUACUACACAGUUGUUUGGUGAAUAAGUAGUAAAUUUCCAACUAGCAGCAGUACCUGUGUUUUGUGCAUAUGCCUUUGCUGACUGAUGUAACAAUAUUUCCUAUAGUUUGUGAAGAUAUUUCUGUCAAGUAUCCAGCUAUAUAUUUGCAUUGGUUGUUAAAUUGGUCAGUCUCCUCAUUUGUAACUUUAGGUUGGACCUUUUGGAUAUAACAUGGUUAUAAGGUCCUAGCCUGGGCAAAAACAGCGAAUUAAAAUGACAAACUAUUACAGAACACAAGGAAAGAACAGCUAAGCAGGCAAGAUAUGCAGCUUCUUGCUGCUUGUCCGGUUCUCUAACCUGAUACCUGGCUGUGAGGCAAAAUGGACAAAAAUAUUGAGUUCUCAAUGUGAGCUCAGAUCUGGGUCUUUUCUUUUUUUCCAGAAUACCGUCUAACCAUUAAAAUGCAUGUAGCCAAAUUGAGCAUUAGUGUAGAUUUUUUGAUACAUGCCAUUAGCUAUGUGGUAUUGAAGGUACACUUGCUAAAUGUGUGUGUAGAAUCACUUUCAACAUCGCUGUGUGUAACCUCCCCACCAUACCCUGAAUGAUGGUAGGAAAAGCCGGGGGGUGUUUUUUAUUUACCACUUGUAAUUUAACUUGGGUAUGUCUUUGUGGUGAUGAGAAUAAAUAAUUUAUAUAAUUGUA